UCACAAUUUUUUACUUGACGCUCUUGUUGUCGUAACGACUGAUCCGUCCUGCCAGCCUGCGUCGCCCGAAUCUAAACAGACGAUUAAACUUGGACCUCAUCCCCAACGCCGAUGGCAUCUACUAUUUUCUCUUUUAGUAAACCCACCACUCUUUAAAAAUUCCGCCUAAAAAGAAAAAGCGUUCUGUCCCCUCUUUUGGGUUUUCAGCCAACGUGUACAACAAUUACCCAGAGAAUCUAGGGGCAGCUCUUUACCGAGAGCAAUUUGACUUCAACGCCGAGCCACCUUGGGAUCCUAGCUGAUAGUGGGCGAGUUCAUCCCAGGACUCAUCCAUUUUGUUGCAUAAGCUUAGGACCCCAGGGACUCGAGAGGGAGCGAGCGAGACCACUUUGGACUAGCCACAUUCUUUAUGCCUGUCGGAUUCGAAGAAAACGGUUGAGAGGAUGAAAGGAAUCACUGAUGAACCGCAGUAUUCUGUGGGCCUGCUGGAAGCAGGCACAGCCAUCUGUGACGUGAUCGACAGUCACAUCUUUGAACAAACACUGUCUGAGAAGAACGCAUUCUUUGUAGCAGACCUAGGAGUCGUAAUGAGGCAGCAUGUUCGCUGGCGAACCCACCUGUCCCAGAUUCGACCCUACUAUGCUGUCAGAUGCAACAGCAGUCCAGCUGUGAUUGAAGUUCUUGCUGCUCUCGGCACUGGAUUCAUUUGCACUAACAAGUCUGAACUUGAGCUGGUGCAGAGUCAUGCCAUCCCCUCUGAAGACAUCAUCUACAGUGGUGUCUGCAAACAGGUCUCCCAGAUUAAAUACGCUGCUAAGAACGGCAUCGACCUCCUGGUGUGUGACAACGAAGCGGAGUUACGCAAGAUUUCUCGCUGUCACCCCAAUGCCAAGCUGCUGCUACAGGUGUCCACCGAAGCAUCUAACCUGGACGAUGAGAUGAGCAUGACGUUUGGCUGUUCCCUCAAGGACUGCAGGCAUCUGUUGGAGAGCGCGAAGGAACUGGGCAUGCAGGUGGUGGGAGUCAGGUCUCAUAUUUCUGGCCCCUGCGAGGACGAGCAGGUGUAUGUUCAUGCCAUUUCUGAUGCCCGUUGUGUCUUUGAUAUGGGAGCGGAAAUUGGCUUCAACAUGACAAUCUUGGACAUUGGAGGUUCAUUCAGUGGCUCUGAGACGCAGCUGGAACUGAUCAGUAAUACAGUGACUUCUAUGGUGGACCUAUACUUCCCUUCAUCCACUGGAGUUUCUGUCAUCGCUGAGCCUGGAAGCUUCUUUGUGUCUUCUGCAUUCACCCUGGCUGUGAACAUUGUCUCCAAGGAAGCGGUGGCACGUGAUCGCCAGGACCUGGACCACGAUGACCUAUCUCCCACCGAGGAGCCAGAGUUCCAUUACUACAUGAACGAGGGAGUGUACGGGUCAUUUGCCAGCAAACUCGCAGAAACACUGAUUGCUGCUCCAUCUGUUCACAAGCAGAACACGUACCUGGACGCUCCAGUGUUCAGCAGCAGCCUGUGGGGUCCUUCUGGGGAUGAACUGGACCAAGUGGUGGAGCACUGUCUGUUACCUGAGCUCAACAUCGGAGACUGGCUCAUGUUCUCACAUGCCGGGGCCUACAGUCUGGGUCAGCCACUGUGCACCUCCACUGACUCCCCACCUCCCCCGGUCUACUAUGUCAUCUCCACUAGGGACUGGUUCGAGAUGCAGGACACUGGUGUCACCCACGAGGCUACGCUGAAGAACUUCUCACUGGUUCCUUACUUUCUCAAUUCCUGCCAAACAGAGGCUGCACUGUCUGUCCCGGCUUAGCAAUCAUCUGACUUUCCUUUCUGGUUUCUGCUGCUCGCUUCCUUUCGGUCCACAUUCCACCAGUGUGAGCUCAACCGAACUGCGCAGAUAGUGCUUGUUAGUAUGUGAUUAGACCUGGAAAACCUAAGUCAAUUUUAAAUAGUAUGCAAUAAAAUGGAUGACUCCAGACAAGACAAACACAUUCUUUUAUUUGCUUUGAGUGUCCCAUGGAAGUACAGUUUACACUUUUACCGUAGAUAUAUAUAUGAGGAUUUUAAAUGAUUAUAUUUGACAAAUGUAUUAUCUAUAUCUCCAUUGGUGUCGCCAGUCUUGUAAAAUAAGAUAUGUACCUUUUGAGUGAGGCAGUGUAUUUAAAAGAAACACAGUUCUGGGCUUUCGUGGGGAGUUUUGCUACAAGAAAUGUAUUUAUGAUUUUAACUGGUUGUAUAGUUUAUUUUGUGUGAUAAGCGUUUGACUCCAAUAUUACAUUUAAAACCUUUUUAUUUUUUGUUCCUCUCACUGCUUUUAAAGUAAGAGCUUGCAGCACAGCUUUGCUGCACUCAUGAAGGUGCAUCUACCCCAUCUGUAUGAUGGAAUAAAUGCAGCAUGUGUGA